GUCUUGUAAAAAUAUCGAAAAUAAUAACACUAUCACAAAAAAGUGUGGAGAAAUUAUAAUCACAAUGAAGAAGAAUGCUAAAAAUGGUUAUUCUUUCAAUUGUUGGUUUUGUGGCACCAUUUAUGUACAAAUGAAAAAAUUCACUUUACAUCUUGAAAAGGAACAUGUUACCCUGUUGGAACAAACAACGUCCAUAGUUUCUGAACAUAGUAAUGAAGAGAAUUUGGAUGAUAAAACAGAAAUUCAAUUAGACACUGCUAUGGAUAGUAGUCUAUUUAUUGGAGAAAUUAAAAUUGAAGAUUGUGAUAAUGAUGAUAUUAAAUCGGAAAUAGGAGAUGAAAAACCUCAAAUUGUAACAAGAUCUCAUAAAAAGAGUCGAUUGUCACCAACAUUUCAAGACCCCCUAGAAACCUUUGAAAGUAAUGCUAAUGAAAUUUCCCUGACUGUACCACAAGAAAAUGAUGAAGAAAUUAAAGUUGAUGAAAAUAUUGACUUAAAAAAUGAACCACCACCAUUGGAGGAUGUGGAAAUAAAUAACUUUUCAGAUGAUGAACAGCUUGAUGAUAGUUUAAAUUUUAGUGAUGAAGAUAAUACUACUGAUAGCGAUUUCAAAAUUGAGAAUAGUGACGAUGAAAAAUUAAUGGAACCUCUUAAACAAAGUAAAAAACCUAAAGAAAAAGAAUAUAUAUUAGCACUUAUUGAAGCCUAUUAUAAAAAGUCUCAACUCUGGAAUGUAUCAGAUUCAAAAAAAUGCAGUCCUAAAAAGAGAAAGAUACUUUUACAAAGUAUAACUGAUGAAUUGAAUGUAAAACUGAAAACAAAAUUAAAAUCAUGUACGGUAAAUGAUAAAAUAAACCUUAUAUGCAAGCAGUAUGAGAAAGAAAUUAAAAGACAAUUAAAAAAGAAAGAGAAAAACAAAGAUAAGAAAAAAGUUGCAGAUAGUUCCGAAUUGUGGUUUUAUGAAAAUAUGAGCUUUCUUAAAUCUAUAGUAGAAAGUAAAUUGAAACAGAAAAAGAGAAAAACAUAUCAUAAAGUGAAACCCUUAACCGAUGACUUUUUGUAUGAAAUAAUCAAUAUUUACAAGAAUUACAAUAGUUUAUGGAAUAUCAAUAAUGUAGCUUACCCCGUUAAAGAAAUACGCAAUGAAACUAUGCAGUCUAUGGUAGAAGACGUUAAAAAGAAAAUCGAUAUACCUUUAGAUGUAGACAUCCUAGAAAAACACCUGCAAUAUAUACACAAGUCAUUUUCUAAGGAUAAACAACUCAGAAUGGAAUGUGAAACAAAACAACUGGAUUUUCAACCCACGUUUUCUUUCUUUAAUAAAUGCGAUUUUUUAGAAGAACACCAGGGACCAUUUAAAUGUCCACAUUGCAGUGAAAUUGUUAUACCAUUUAAGGAUUUUCAAAUACACAAAUCCCAACAUGAUGGAUCAAUUCCAUUUAAAUGCGAAGAAUGUGGCUCUGGAUUUAAGGCUCAUGGCAACUACACAAUACAUGUUAAACGACAUUUGGGCAUCCUUAGAUUUCGAUGCGAAAUCUGUGGCAAGGGCUAUCCCGUAAAUUCUGAACUAGAAAAUCAUAUGCGUGUACACAGUGGCGAUCAACCGUAUUUGUGUUCCAUAUGCGGCGAAGGAUUUCGCACUGCUGUUGGUUAUGAUAAUCAUGUACGUCGACAUGAAGAAAGAUUCAGAUAUUAUUGUCAUAUAUGUAAAAAAGGCUUUAACGCUUUGAUUUGCCUAAAUGAUCAUGUUAAUGCUCAUCUUAAUGUCCGCGAGUUUUUUUGUCCAGUCUGUGGUAAAAGUUUUACUUGCAAAAAGUAUUUAAAUUAUCAUAAACGUAUACAUGGGAGUAAAGACUACACAUGUAAUAUUUGUGGAAAAAGCUAUGCUCAGGAUGCUGGUUUAAGACAACAUAAAAAACAACAUGGAACUCCUAUUGGUGUUAUUAGUAUAAAUAAAGAAAAAAAUAAGUAUAAAACGACUAAAAAUUAAUUAAACCUAAUAAUAAUAUCACCAAAAUUGUAAAAUCUUAUUUAUAAACUAAAAUAAAAGUAUACAUACAUACAUUACUAA